AUGAAUAUCAGCACGAAAGGAUAUCCCGAAACCCACGACAAUGGUUUCCCUGCCCGUCCUGUCGAACUCAUAGAUGAUGGCGAGGACUAUACAGCAAAAUCAAAGCAGCGCAGCAAGCGGAAAAGCAAGGGCGUCAACAUCGAAGCCGAAGACGACUCGUCGAAGCGGCGGUGCGUCUCGACAGCGUGUAUCGCCUGCCGGAAACGGAAAAGUAAGUGUGACGGUAACUUACCCGCUUGUGCCGCCUGUUCCCAAGUCUAUCAAACCGCAUGCAUCUACGAUCCCAACUCCGACUUGCGCAGGAAAGGCGUGUACAAGAACGACGUUGACAAAUUGAAGACGCGCAACACGACCCUUCAGACGUUGAUCGAAGCCAUCUUGAACUCAUCGGAGGAUGACGUACCUGAUCUUGUCAAAGAGAUCCGAAGCUGCACUGACCUCGAUGCGGUUGCGGAUCGCAUUGCCGCGAAAAAGAACGGUACUCUCGAGCCCAACGAGAAUGAUGACAAAGGCUCUCACUCUGGUGAUCAGUCGUUAGCACGGGAGGCGACUUUCGAGAAGCAACUCUAUGGCAAGAUGGGUCAACUUCGCCUCGAUGAAGGUUCGGUGCGCUACUUUGGUGGCACCUCCAAUCUGAUUCAGUUUGGACAGAGCGACGAAGACAUCUCGAGCACCGAUGAGAUCUCGGAAUUCGCUCAUGUCAACCCAAUCGCGUCGUGGACCAACGUAACGUCCGAUCCGGAUCUCAUUACACACUUGCUCAACAUGUAUUUCACUUGGCACUAUCCUAGCUUCGUAUGCUUGUCGAAGGAGCUGUUCUACGAAGACUUUCAUCGCGGUAGAUCUUUGCAAAGUACCAAUCGGUCCCGGCUAUACUGCACACCUGUACUGGUCAACGCAAUGCUUGCGCUGGGCUGCCACUUCACCUCAGUCGCCGGUACCCGUGAUGAUCCCGACGACUCGGCGACCGCCGGGGACCAUUUCUUCCGUGAAGCCAAGAGGCUCAUAAUGGAACACGACGAGCAUGAGAAGCCUUCUCUGGCGACCGUACAAGCUUUCGGCCUCAUGUCAGUUCGAGAGGCUGGAUGCGGAAGAGAAGCCAAGGGUUGGGUAUACAGUGGAAUGGCGUUUCGCAUGGCGUGCGACAUGGGUCUCAACCUUGACUCGACUCAGCUCUCCUCUGAUCGGCCGCUCAAUGGGAACGAGGUUGAAGACGAUGCUCGGCGCAUGACUUUCUGGGGUUGCUUCCAAUUCGACAAGUACUGGUCAAAUUACAUGGGGCGUCUGCCGCAAAUUCCGACCGAGCACGUCAGUGUUUCGCUAUUCGACGUAUUCCCGGAUGAGGACUCGGCGCCUUGGCGGCCUUACACCGAUUCAGGCUUCACUCAGGCAUACACUCAGCCAGCAAGGACACGUGCUGUUGCGCGCGAGAUGAUUAAGCUGUGUCAGAUUAGCAAUGAUCUGAUGAAGAACUUCUAUGAUCCGGCGGACAUGGAGAAAACCAAAGGAAAGGCUUCAGAACUGAAGAAAUUGUCGGACAUCCACACCAGGCUUGAGUCAUGGCGGAGAGACCUUCCGAAGGAGUUGGAGCCUCGAGAAGGAGGACUUUCCCACGUGCUCAUCAUGCACAUGUUCUUUCAACUACUGUUCAUUCACUUAUUUCGACCAUUCUUGAAAUAUACACAAACGACAUCUCCCUUGCCCGCAAAUGUCAGCCCUAGAAAGCUCUGUACACAAGCAGCAGCCAUGAUUUCAAAACUCAUGCGACUGUACAAACGCUCUCACGGGCUGCGCCAAAUUUGCAAUGUGGCUGUGUACAUUGUUCACCAGGCCUGCACUAUUCAUCUCCUCAACCUACCAGAUAAAUUUGCCAAACGAGAUAUCAUUCAUGGCGUCAAACAUUUAGAGGAGAUCGCAGAAGGCUGGAUCUGUGCCAGGCGCACAUUGUGCAUUCUGAACAUUCUCGCCAAGAAAUGGAACGUCGAAGUCCCCGAGGAAGUCGCCGUUAUACUUGCCAGAGCAGAAUUCGAGUACGGACACACGGACGCGAAUUCGCCCGCUAGUUCCACGAAACAACCUUCUGCCCAUGCGGUCCAGACGUCUCCAGUCGCUACCGUAGCGGCCAUCGAUGUCACUGACCCUGCAGAAUUCAGCAACGAAGCUAUAAUGCCAAGGCAUUUACACGACAAACCCAGUUUUACAGCUUUGCCAAUGCCUCAAUUGAAAGCCAAUAUUAUGGCACCACCACCUCUGCCACAACCGCAAUUACAUCCGCAAACCCCCGUUGUAGCCAACAGGCCAGGACUUGCGCGUGCUUGGAGCUACAAUUCUACGGCCGAAUCCACAGCCUCCAACACGAGAUCGGUCUACAGCCCAGCCGACAUGUUCGGAGGCGUGGAACAGCUUAUCCGCGAUAGUCAGAGGUGGGCAUCUCGCGACCAAGCGCAGCUUGCACAUGGCUUUGCCAACUGGAAUACGGCGGCAAACGAGAUUGAGCAGCACUUUGUGGUAGCGCAGUCGAAUGGCGCCUUGAAUCGUCGCGACAGCCACGUGGCCGCCCGACGAUCGGUCCACCAGAAUGAUCAUAUAGGUGGCGUAGGCGAAGGUGGAACGGGAGAUGGCGCCCGUGCUUUGGCGGCAUUCGGUCGACUUCAGCAGCUUGAUUCCUGUAGGUCCCUAGAUAGCGACAUUGUCGCUCCUGUCGAAAGUUCUGUGACACUCAAUCCGGGUGCGGGCACGAUCAUGCAGGGAGACAUGACAGGAAUGGCGGAGUGGCUUGAUGCCAUGUCGGAUUUGAACACGCAGGCCACCAUGUAUGAUGAGGAAGAUUGGUAUCUGUGA